AUGAGGUGCUGCGUCCCUGGAUGUAAAAAUGACUCAAGAUACAGCUCCAAGUCCCAAGGAAUCACAUUUCAUGUAUUUCCCAAUGAGCCUUCUUUGAGGGCGAUUUGGUUAGAAGCUCUUGGUAAGAAAGAGACUUGGGAGCCCAAAGGGAGAAGUAGUGUGUGCUCUGAGCAUUUUCUCUCUAGUGAUAUGUCCGUAACUAGGCAUGGACUGCGUAAAAUACGGUCUGGUGCUGUGCCUAUAAUAUUACAGGAUACAAGCAACUGUGAAUAUUGGGAGACAGCUGCUUCAAAAGUGUGCCGAAUAUGUUUAGUGAUGGCCAAAAAACUAUUCCCAAUCAAGACACAUACAUUUGAAACAGCAUAUGAACAUUUGACUGGACAGUCGAUAUCGGCAGAAACCCGAUUACCUCAACAAUUAUGUGCAGAAUGUACCCAGAGGUUGCAAAACUGCAAUAACUUUCGUAUCAAAAGUUUGAGAGCCAACACUCUCAUGAUGGGGUUACUUAAGAAACACGACCAUUUAACCAUCAAAAACAUACAGUCAAUAAACCGCGAGAAUAACCAGCUCUCAUCAAAUCUUACCACAAGCACUAGAAUCGAUCACUUUGACUUACUUAUAAUAGAAGACAAUCAAUCAGAAGCAGAUUAUCUAGAAAAUGACCAGUUAAACGAAGAUUUUAAAAGCGAGGAACAAUUGCUUAAAGAAGAUUUUUCUAUACCAGCCCCAGACGUAGUCACAGAUAAUAACGAAGAAAGCGACUACGAUCCGGCUCCCGAAGAAGAAAAUUCCAACCACGAAGAUUUCGAUAAUACUAAAGAUCUAGAUUAUUCUUCAGAUGACAGGCUUCCAUUAGAAGUGACUGAAUUGAAAAGUCGUGGUGGCGGCAAGACGAAGAAAGCCUGCGUAAGAAAGAGAAAAAAUACUGAGAUAAUUAUACCGGACACACCCAAAGUAGACAGGCGAAGGAAACCUUUCCUGAACGACGAUUUGAAUGAAACUUUGUUCACUAUAACCGAUUUGACUGUCGAAGAACAGAUUGCUGAUAUAGAGAAGAGACGGGACAGUUUUAACUUUAAGAAUAGCAUAUAUAAAUGUUUGGAGUGUUAUAAAGGAUUUCUGGAUAAGGACGCUUAUAAUUCGCACAUGUCCAGGCACACUACAGAAUGCGGUGACCACCGUUGCAACAUAUGCAAGACCCACUUCAAACAUCCCAACGCACUCCGUAAGCACAUAACGGCUCAUCAUACAAAAAGAUUCAGUUGUAACCAAUGUCUGUAUGUCACAACAUCUAGACUAUCUGCGAGGUUACACGUGAGAUGGCAUAAAGGAAUAAAAUAUAAAUGUCCUCAUUGCACCGAUGAAUUUCUCAAACUCACAACAUAUCUGGGUCAUAUUAGAAUAAAACACCCUUCAGAUUUCGUUUGUCAACUCUGCGGGUAUUCUUUCGUGAGUGAAAAGGGGAUAAUGUUACACAAAAACCUUAAACAUCGACAGGAAAAUACCACGAUACCCGAAGAUGGGCCAUUAUGUGAACUGUGUAACUUAAGGUUCAUAAACACUGAAGCUUUAAAACGUCAUACAAGCGUCUCCGCUCGCCAUCAAACCACAGACAAACAGGACAGAGAGCCGAAUACUCCGAAGCAGAGGAAACGAGAGAUAAGAAGAACGAGGAUAGGAGCGUCUAUACCUUGUGAACAAUGCGGCGUGCAACUACAAGAUUACACAGCAUACCACAGCCACUUUAGACGAAUGCACCCGGACAAGAACCGAACCAAGUUCCCUUCGAUAAGGACGCCUCUCAUGUGCGAAGUGUGCGGUAGAAUGUUCCAGAAUCAAACCCUCCUCGAAGACCACCGCUGGGUACACACGGACGAACGUCCAUUCUCCUGUGAAUCUUGUGACAAAUGUUUCCGGACGAAAAACCGUCUAGUGGCCCACAGACUGAUACAUAGCGACCAAAAACCCACCUACCCGUGCGUGCUAUGCGGGAAACAUUUUAGCACGCGCAGCAACAGGCACAGGCAUAUGUUCAUCCACACCGGACAGAAACCGUUCAAGUGUGAAAUGUGCGGUAAAGGGUUUAAGAACGCGAGCGAGAAGCGAACGCAUAUCUCCUACGUGCAUCUGAAGAAGCCCUGGCCAAAGCGGAAUAGGGGGAAACGAAGAACUGAUGGGAGACAAGAAGCCACCGUGGAUGACGAAGAGGUAGAAUUUGAAGACGAAGAAGAAAUCGACAACAGCAACUAG